CAUUCGUAUCCCCACUUCUCUUCCCUCCUCGCGGUGCUGCCGCUGUUGCUCCUCCACACGGCAAGCGCGGAGAACGAGUGAAGGAGAGCAGAGGCCGCCUCUGAACGGGCGCCGUGCCCCAGAUCACAUGUCACGGAAGCCUAUAAAUCCAAGCCAUGGCAAGGGUUUGCUACAGCUCCGACGACGGCCCCGUGACGUCCCGUUGCGCUCUUGAAGGAUGAGGAGAGGAAGGGAAGGGGCCCAGGUGGCGUGGGCGACGGCGUUCUUCCAUCUGUUUCCACCCCUUCUCCUCCUCCUCCACCGCAUUCCGGCGGUAGGGGCCGAGGAUCCCUAUCUCUACUUCACGUGGAACGUGACCUACGGCACCGUCUCCCCCCUUGGCGUCCCGCAGCAGGCGAUUCUGAUCAAUGGGGAGUUCCCCGGCCCCAACAUCAACUCCACCACCAACAACAACAUCGUCGUCAACGUCUUCAACCACCUCGAUGAGCCCUUCCUCUUCACCUGGAACGGGAUUCAACAGAGAAAGAACUCGUGGGUGGACGGCACGGCGGGCACCAAUUGCCCCAUCCCUCCGGGCCAAAACUUCACCUACCAUUUCCAGGUCAAGGACCAGAUAGGCAGUUUCGUCUACUUCCCCGCCCUCGACAUGCACCGGGCCGCCGGCGGCUUCGGCGGCCUACGGGUCAACAGCCGCCUCCUCAUCCCCGUCCCUUUCGCAGACCCCGCUGACGACUAUACCGCCCUCAUCGGUGAUUGGUACACCAAGAGCCACAAAAACCUCGCCAGGCUCCUUGACGCCGGCCGCACCAUCGGCCGUCCCUCCGGCAUCCUCAUCAAUGGCCGCCCCGGUAAGGACUCCACAGGCAAGGACGAUCCCCCGCUCUUCACCAUGAAGUCCGGGAAGACCUACCGCUACCGCGUCUGCAACGUCGGCAUGAAGGUGUCACUCAACUUCCGCAUUCAAUCCCACGCAAUGAAGCUCGUCGAGAUGGACGGCUCCCACACGGUGCAGAACGUGUACGACUCCCUCGACGUGCACGUCGGGCAGUGCCUGUCGGUGCUCGUCACCGCCAACCAGGAGCCCCGGGACUACUACAUGGUGGCCUCCUCUCGCUUCACCAAGUACGCCCUGUCCGCGACCGGCGUGAUCCGGUAUGCCGGCUCCAACACUCCGCCGUCCCCGGACCUCCCGGCGGCGCCCUCCGGCUGGGCGUGGUCGUUCAAUCAGUGGCGGUCUUUCCGGUUGAACCUCACCGCCAGCGCCGCUCGCCCCAACCCGCAGGGAUCCUACCACUACGGUAGCAUCAACAUCACCCGCACCAUCAAGCUCGUCAACUCGGUCGGGCUCGUCGACGGGAAGCGGCGCUACGCGCUCAACGCCGUGUCGCACUCGGACGCCGCCACGCCGCUCAAGCUCGCAGAAUACUACGGCAUUGCCGACAAGGUGUUCAAGUACGACACCAUCGCCGACGAGCCGGCGGCGUCCGACGCCCCCAUCAAGAUCGUCCCCAACGUUGUCAACGCCACCUACCGGACGUUCAUCGAGAUCGUCUUCGAAAACCCCGACAGGAGCAUGCAAGCCUACCAUUUGGAUGGCUACUCCUUCUUCGCAGCCGGGAUGGGGCAUGGGAAGUGGACGCCGGAGAGCCGGAAGAGCUACAAUCUCGCAGACGCGGUGAGCCGGCACACGAUCCAGGUGUACCAGCGGUCGUGGUCGGCGAUCUUGCUGACGUUCGAUAACGCGGGGAUGUGGAACCUGCGGUCGGAGCUGUGGGAGCGGCGCUACUUGGGGCAGCAGCUCUACAUCAGCGUGGUGUCGCCAGAGAGGUCGCUGAGAGAUGAGUCCAACAUGCCGGACAACGCGCUGCUCUGCGGCGCCGUCGCCAAGCUCCCCAGGCCGCCGUCCUACAUCUAAGCGCAAGGCUGCUCGCCAUUGCCGCCGCCGCCAGUCCUGAGAAGAUAGUUGGAACUCAAUAUAAGGGCGUAGGUGGAGACAAAUAGAGAAGCAAGAAUAAAGAGAGGAAGUAAGAGGCCAUUUAAAGGGAUUUGCAUUAAUUUUUGUUUGAGUGAAGUUUUUUCUUUUUAUUUUGGCAUCUAUAGGCUGGCUGUAACGAUGGUAUUGCAAAUUUGCAAACCCUCACCAAUCAUUUAUUUCCCACAUUUUCUUCAAA